UGGUUUCUGCUUUUUAUUUCUUAGUAUUCAUAAAAAGGGAGAAGAGAGAGCAAAGAAAUCAAAAAAUGGCCUUUAUAGCCGAGUAUUACAAUCGUUUUCUUCUCUUUUUUUUCAUUUCUCUGUUGUUUCUUCUUUUGCCCUGGUUGUUGCGUGUUUGGUCUUUGUUUUGCAGGUGCUGUAGGUGCAGGUGGGUGAGGCGACGUGACCGUGGCGGUGCUGGUCAGAAGUGGCGGUGGCAGGGCAAGUGGGCUAGGUGCGGCGGCUAGGGUUAGGGGGCUGGGGUUUUCUUUUGUUUUUUUUCUGAAAAUGGGUAUUGGGUUUUUUAGGUUUUGGGCUGUGGGUUAGUUUGGGCUUGUUUUUGGGUCUGUUUGGGUAGUGGUUAAUUGUUUUUGUUUUCUGAUUUGGGCCGGAUUGGGUUAAUAUUUUUGGUACUAGGCCCGGGUAAAAUUGGGUCUGUACAGAUGGCACAUCAACAAUUAAUUUUUUAAUAUUUAAAAAUUUAAAAAAAGUAUUAAAUAAAUUAUUAAUGUUACUAAAAAGUAUAAUAAAAAUAAAAAGUAUAAUAAAAAAAUAAAUUAUUAGAUGUAGUAUCCAUUAUCGCGCUAAUGGAUGUAUAUCGCGCGAGCGAGCGAGCGAGCUUACUUUAGCAUGUGGGGCCAUGUUCCUUUUUUCUACUAAUAAUGGUAAAACGCGCGAUUGCGUCCGCUUAUCGACCAAUAUCGUGCGUUAUCGACAGAGGAGGAAACAAAUUUGUCUUCGAUUAUAUAUGGUGGAGGAAAUAUUUGCAUAUAUUAAGUUUUAAGGUUUUAAGGAGGAAAAACUUUUGCCUCUGAAACUAUGGCUCCAUUCUCUUUACGUAGCCGUCUUCAGGCUUCUGCGCUAAGCAAGAGGCGUCUCAAAUCCAAAGCCAAGCAUGGGAGGAAAGGGAUGAAGAACAUGGAGGAAAGCUUCAAAAGAUUGAAAUCUGAAAUGGAAGAAAUAAGCGAGGAACAAAAGAAUAUCAGGGAAGGGCAAAGGCAAGUUAAAGAAAAAUUCGGAAUCAUCGAAUCCGAGUGCGAGGAAUUGAAGAGGGAAACUAGGCUCAUAAUCCAGCAAAGUGCCAGAACUCAGGUUAAACUUGCUCUUAUGUUCCGCAUACUGAAAGCAAGGGAAGCCGGCGAGUUGAAUACCGCUGCCACUCUCACUGAAAUGCUCCGUGAAAUAGUAGGAAGAGAGAGGGAGGAAAGCAAAGCUGACAUCUGAAUGACUAUGGUAAGCUUCCUCGGUGCAGCUGCUCCAAAUGUUAAGAACUAGAAGUGUGUGACAAUUAAGCGCGUGUUAUCUUUCAGCAUUGCCGUUUUGUUAUUAAGUACUGCUAAUCUACGUCGUUUCUUGUUUGGUAUGUUAAACUUAGAACUUAUCAAACCUUUUUUCUGUUGUGUGUCUAAGGUUGAAUAAACAAAAUAUGGUGACUUGAAAACAACAGAAGUUAAAAGUAAACUAGUUAUUGUUAUGCUGAACAUAUACCUUAAAUUGCCAACAUUGUGCAUUGUCUUGUUUGCUUCGUCUUUGUA